UCGACUUUACGCCAUGCAGACAGGAAUGAAACUAGAUAGCAAAACUCCAGAGUGCCGAAAGUUUCUUGUGAAACUAAUGGAUCAGUUGGAAAUGGGGGAUUUUGAGUAAGUCCCAUGGAAUCGGUGUGCAGAGACAAGAUCUAGUUUCAAGCUUUGAUUUAGUGUGCACUGGCAACUGAAAGCGUUCAAUCUCUCUUUCUCCCUGUACUGUUUUUGCAUGCUUUCUUCCGACUUGUGUUUUUAUAUUCUUCUGCGAUGCAGCACAAGUGAUGUAUUGUGGCUUCGCAGUGCUUUUUCAUAAAAUAGGAAACCUGACGCUCUCUAGCAGACUGUAACAUCACAGAGAGGAAGGCAGAUCCCGGGGGCCGCCGACUAGCUGAAGCUUUGGCAGUUGGGUGCUGGCCAUUCCAAACCAAAAUGAAGAAGGAGCUCGGCGACAACGAAUCCAUCACGCAGGAAGUAGUUGGUAAUGCCCACAUUGAGAAUUACGCCUUGAAAGUGUUCCUCUAUGCAGACAAUGAAGAUCGAUCAGGACGUUUCCACAAGAAUAUGAUCAAGUCCUUCUACACCUCAAGUCUCCUGUAUGAUGUGUUGAGUGUCUUUGGCGAAUUAUCAGACGAGAAUAUCCAGCACAGGAAGUAUGCAAAGUGGAAGGCAGCCUACAUUCACAACUGCCUGAAGAAUGGUGAGACUCCACAGCCUGGUCCUAUUGGAAUGGAGGGGGAAGCAUAUGAUGAUGAAUUUGGUGCGGAGGGUGGUGGUCCUUCGGAAGCUCCUCACAAUCCACCCCAAUCUCAGCCUUCUUUCCACGGCCACCCAUCAAAUCAACCUUCAGCAUCCAAUUUCAGUAAUAUUCAGAUACCUCCUGGGUCACACGCACCAGCCAAUACACCUGCAGAGAUUCCCCAUCCAGAAGCACAGCUCGUCAAACCAGUGCCUGUUCCAAGAACCAUGCCAGUGGUCGAUCCUUCACUUCUAAACAAUACCCAGGAAGGUGACGUGCGGCUCACACCAGAAGACUUUACUCGGGCUCAGAAAUACUGUAAAUACGCAGGCAGUGCACUGCAAUAUGAGGAUGUGGGCACUGCCAUCCAGAAUCUGCAGAAGGCCCUAAAGCUACUAACCACUGGCAAAGAAUGAGACCAUUGUGCUGUCCCCCCGAAAACCACUUUAUCAGAGAUCUGGCCCAGAGGAACUGAAAAAGGGCCUUUUCCUUAGCCCCAUCUGUAUUAAAAAGAGACAUGCAACAGGACGCUCACUAAUCACUCAAUACAACAUCUGUUUCUGCAAAAUUGGAUGUCAAUAGUUGCUCAUUACUAGACCGAUGAGAUACAGAUACAACACAAAAAAUCAGGUGCAUGUGAAAGACCCUUUCAAAUUCUGAGGAGUUCAUUCAUAUUCAUGGUUUGUGGUGUUUUAAUGGUUUUUUUUUUCUGGCUUCAGAACAACUUGGUUAGAUAUGCAUGGACAUGGAAGCAUGUCUCAAGAUGUCUUUUAAGCAGGAAUUCUCAUCUUACUUCAAGCUCUCUGCAACAUGAGCUUUAAAGACACUUUGCCCUGAACUACUUUUUCCAUUCACUCCUAUGUGUAUGCUUCAGGUGAAAGGAUUCUGCAGUUAGUUUUCAUAGUAACUGUUUUCUGCCGUUAGUUAUGCAUUGCUCUGAUCAGCAAUAAAUCUUUUCUUUGUCAGCUCUUU